AUGCUGGUGCUGGCGGUCUACGCGGCCGCCUUCGGCGUGGGCCUCCCGGCCAACGUCUUCGCCUUGGCCGUGCUGCUGUGCAAGGCCCGCCGGCGCCUCUCGCCCGCCGAGAUCCUGCUGCUCAACCUCACGGCCGCCGACCUCCUCCUGCUGCUCUUCCUGCCCUUCAAGAUGGCCGAGGCGGCCGCCGGCAUGACCUGGCCCCUGCCCGCCGCCCUCUGCCCCGUCGCCAACUUCUGCUUCUUCUCCAGCAUCUACCUGAGCAGCCUCUUCUUGGCGGCCCUCAGCGUCGAGCGCUACCUCGGCGUCGCCUUCCCGCUCCAGUACAAGCUCCGGCGCCGGCCCCGGCUCUACGUGGCCCUCAGCGGCCUCCUCUGGCUCCUCGCCUGCGCCCACUGCUCCGUGGUCUUCGUCGCCGCCUUCCACGGUGCCGCCGACGGCUCCGCCGGCGGGAGCUCCAACCCUGUUGGCUCCGUGGCCAGCGAGGCCAAGAGCUCCAACCCCGACGUCUUCACGGCCAACAGGGCCAGGAGAUCCAAUCCCAACGUGCUCAUGGCCAACAGGCCCAAGGUCUCCAACCCCAACAUGUUCAUGGCCAAUGGGGCCAGGAGCUCCAAUCCCAAAAUGUUCAUGGCCAACAGGGCCAAGAGCUCCAACCCCAACAUGUUCAUGGCCAACGGGGCCAAGAUCUCCAAUUCCAACAUGUUCAUGGCCAAUGGGGCCAAGAUCUCCAAUCCCAACAUGUUAAUGGCCAACGGGGCCAAGAGCUCCAACCCCAACAUGUUCGUGGCCAACGGGGCCAAGAUCUCCAAUCCCAACAUGUUCAUGGCCAACGGGGCCAAGAGCACCAACCCUGCUGGCUUCAUGGCCAAUGGGGCCAAGAUCUCCAAUCCCAACAUGUUCAUGGCCAACGGGGCCAAGAGCACCAACCCCAACAUGUUCGUGGCCAACAGAGCCAAGAUCUCCAAUUCCAACAUGUUCAUGGCCAACAGAGCCAAGAUCUCCAAUCCCAACAUGUUCAUGGCCAACGGGGCCAAGAGCUCCAACCCUGCUGGCUUCAUGGCCAAUGGGGCCAAGAGCUCCAAUCCCAACGUCUUCAUGGCCAACGGGGCCAAGAUCUCCAAUCCCCAAAUGUUCGUGGCCAAUGGGGCCAAGAUCUCCAAUCCCAACAUGUUCAUGGCCAAUGGGGCCAAGAGCUCCAAUCCCAACGUCUUCACGGCCAACAGGGCCAAGAGCUCCAACCCUGCUGGCUUCACGGCCAACGGGGCCAAGAGCUCCAAUCCCAGCGUCUUCAUGGCCAACAGGGCCAAGAGCUGCAAUCCCAACGUCUUCACGGCCAACGGCUCCGAGACCUCCAACCCCCACCUCGCCGUCCCCGGCUCUUCUGCCUCCAAAGCGGCCACCGCCGACGGUGCCACCACGCCGACCUGUAGCAGCUCCCCAGAGGCCUUCAGGUGCUACGACGACUUCUCCAAGAUGCAGCUGAGCUUCGUGCUCCCGCUGCGCCUGGAGCUCUUCCUCGUCCUCUUCCUGCUGCCCUUCGCCGUCACCGUCUUCUGCUACGUCAACUUCGUGCGGGUCCUCCUGGCCCGGCCCAACAUCCCGCUGGAGAAGAAGCAGCGGGCCGUGGGGCUGGCCGUGGCCACCAUGGUCAACUUCGGCAUCUGCUUCGCGCCCUACAACCUCUCGCACGUGGUGGGGUUCGUGCAGCACCAGAGCCCCGGCUGGCGCCACUACGCCCUGAUCUUCACCAGCCUCAACGCCGCCCUCGACCCCGUCAUCUUCUACUUCUCCUCGACGGCGGUGCAGCGGGCGGUGGCCGGCGUGGCGGAGGUGCUGCGGGGCAGGGUGCGGGCCGCGGUGUCCCGCUGCUGUGGGUCGCAGCCCGCCGAGGCCACCGCGGAGGAGGAGGUCGAGGAGGUCGAGGAGUCCUCGACCUGAUCUCCGCCCCCCAACCCCCACCCCCUCCGGCCGUUUGGUGGUGGUGGGUCUCCACCAAGGGGGUGGGUGGUGGUCCGG